UUUGUUUCAGUAGUUACCUCAUCUGUUUUUCACAGUUAACUGUUAAUUGGUCGAUGAUCAGUCAUUGUCAUAUGUGUAGAUGGAAUAAUCAUGUCAUAAUUAUCUGAAACUAUGACAUUGUUUUAUACACCACAAUCAUCACUAUUAUCAUCUUCAUCUUCAUAGUUAUUACAUAAGGGCAACAACAACAACAACAUCGAUAUCUUUGAUAUAACAAAUGAUUUUAUCUGAUGAUGAUCUUAAUUUCACUUUUGAUGAAAUACAAAGAGAAUUAACUAAUUUAGGUGUAAUCGGUUUAAAUAAUCAACAAUUAAUUCAUUUAAAAAAUGAUUUAGAUUUAUUAAUUAAUAAAGAGAAAUAUGCAUUACAUCAUUUCAAUCACCACCACCACCGCCACCAGCAACAACAACAACCAUCUCAAUCAGUAACAACGAAUGGUAAUUCUAUGAAUGAUGGUGAUACCUAUCAACAAAUUGAUGAUAAUAAUCAUAUUACUACUGAUAAUUCUAAGAGAAUUGUAUCGUAUCUAUCUAAAUCUCCUGUCGUUUCCUCUUCUUCUCCUCCUCCUCCAUCAUCGUCAUCAUCAUGUUUUUCUGUGACAUCUGAGGACUUUACACAUUAUAAUACAAACAGUUAUGAUUGUAAUAGCGUGAACAAUCCAUUAAAGAAAUUCAAUGAUCAUACAAUACUAAAUGAUUCAAUUAAAUGUAAAUCAUCAAUAACGAAUAAUUAUCCUCUGAACUUGAAUGGAAGAAACAUUUCCAAUGAUAGUUCUGUAUCGAAUGUCGUACAAUUAUCACCUAAACAUCAUCAUGAACAUGAUCAUUGUCUACAUCAGAAACCAUAUUCUUCAACUGAUUCACAAAUAACAGCCUGUUUUUCAACAACUAACGAGGCAAUGAAUAAUCUGGACACCACAUCGAUCUCAUCAUCAUUAUCAUCAACAACUCUAUUACUGAAUGAACCUGAAAGUCAUUUUGAAGAGAAACAACAGAAACUUAAUCACCAUCACCACCACCGCCACCACCAACGUCAACAGCAGAAACAAACAGUUCAGUCUGGGAAUGAAUUGACCAGCAGUAAACAAUCUGUAAAUUUUAAAUAUUCUGAUGCUAAUGGACAACCUAUUCAUUCUGAAUCUUCUAUGAAAAAUCUUGACUUCGAACACCGUCUAAGUAAUGAAUUCAUACUUACACCAAUGAAAAUGAAAACAUCGUCAUCAACAGACAAAAACUACUAUCACCCGAAGUCUGUUUCUAAAGAUUCGUCUAAUCAGUUUAGAAGAUCGUCUGCAUAUCUUCAGCACCAUUAUCAACAGUCACGUGAUUCUCAUCAACAUUUGCAUGAUGAUCAAGGAAGUCGGGAUAAAUUACAUGGAAAAUGUGAAUCGACUAUUGAAAAGGUCACUACACAUACUACAACUAAUGCAGAUCAACAUGAUUUUCGUAGUAAUAAGUUGUUAGUAUCGAAUAAUAAAUUGGAAAAGACAUUAGGGUGUAAUAAAAUUGAUGAUGUUUUAAGUUCUAUUAAUUAUGAACGCCAAAAGUCUACUACUACCACGACGAAUUCUUCAAGAAGAUCGGCUCGAUUUCUAGAUAAUCCUGUUGAACAAGUUCACAGUGUACCACAACAACAACGACGACCUAAAUCUGCACAACAUUGUCAAAAAGGAAAUGAUUGUUGUUGUUAUAAUGCUCGAUCAUUGCAUUCUCAGAACUUACAACGACCGGUAUCAACUAUUACGCAGAGACAAAAACAAGAUCCAGUUACAAAAUAUCAUUCAUAUCAACGAAGCUGGUCGAUACAUUCUACACCCGGUGAAAAUGCACGACGUGUUCUACGUUGGAAUAUAAGAACAGCAAUGAUGCAUAGAGAAAUACCAUUGUUACAACGUAACUCCUCGGAAGUUAUUCGCCUCUUAGGUCCAUAUGCAUCAGCUUAUUUGGAGCAAGAAAGACAGAGACGAAUUAAAGCUUUACAGCUUGAUUAUAUUCCACCAACUAGUAGACGUUAUGAUGAAUUACGUCAAAUUAUUCGUUCAUUAAUGGAAUAAAUUUAAUGAAAGUUAUAUAUCAAUCAAUUAACUGAAUAAUAAAAUUAUUCUAUUCAUUGUAUAAUCUCAUUGAAUAGUUUACUUUUGGCAAUAUACUUCAUCUAUCUAUCUAUCUAUAUAUCUUUAUAAAGAGGAACUCUCAUUCAAGAAGGAUUGAUAUCUUCUUUUUUUUUCACUUGAAAAUGGUCAUAUAUCGAAUAUAAUAUAUAAAUCGUAUUUACUUUCUAUUAACCGGUGUUAUCAUUAUCAUUCCAUUGAUGUAAUUGUUUAAUAAACAAUCUAUUUCACUUUUUUGUUUUCAUCAGUCGUUGUUGAACUAUGUUCUUUUUUUGUUGUUGUUGUUGUUGUUGU